AUGUUAUCUCCACUUGGAACUCUUAACGUGCAGCGCGCCUACAGUGUAUCCGCCGCGGAACGCACCGCUCCAGCCCAGCCCACCCAGCUGGCAGCCUUCCGUCUCGUCUUUAUUUUGACGUCUUUGACGUCAUCCAGUUCUAUACCUCCCAAGUCCAAGGCAAAGUAUGCACGUGUGUUUGAAGCAGCUUUACACACUGCUGAAAUGUAUUUUAAAUACAUCUUUGUUGAACUAAUACUUUCAUAUUUUAGAACAAUGAACGUAGUGUCACCAGAUGCUAAUAAGAUUGUUGGCACUGACUGCAAAGAAGGUGCUGACAUCUUGUGA